AUGGCCAACGGUUUCCUAUAUAUCGUGUCCGCCGUCUUUGGCUGGAUCUAUUUCCUCCUCUGGAGCUUGUCGUUUUACCCGCAAGCGCUGCUCAACUUCCGCCGGCGGUCCACGACCGGCACCACCGUCGACUUUUCCUUUCUCAACGUCCUAGGCUUCUCCUCCUAUUUUGCCUCCAACCUCGCGCUGUACUACUCCGCCGGCGUGCGCCGCCAGUACGCCGCGCGCAACAACGGCCUCACGCCGACGGUGCAGUUCAACGACGUCGUCUUUGCGCUGCACGGUCUCGUCCUCUCCCUCAUCACCGUGUCGCAGUACCUCGUCGGUACCUCCCUCUGGCGCUUCCCCGUCCGCAACCCCGCCUCCCGCCCGAGCCGCUUCGCCGUCGGCCUGACCGCGGGCUCCCUCGUCGGCGUCUCCAUCACCUACCUCAUCGUGGGUGUCGCGCGCGGCCGUCACGCCGUCGACCCCGCCGCCGACUGGUGCGACCUCGACGUCGUCUACGCCCUCGGCUACGUCAAGCUCGUCGUGACGCUCGUCAAGUACGCGCCGCAGCUGCGCGCCAACAUCCGCAACCAGAGCACCGAGGGCUGGAGCAUCUGGCAGAUCCUGCUGGACCUGACGGGCGGCGUGCUGAGCAUCGCGCAGCAAGGGAUCGACAGCUGGCUCCAGCACGACUGGAGCGGCAUCACGAGUAACCCGGUCAAGUUUGGCCUCGGCCAGAUUAGCAUAUUCUUCGACGUGCUGUUCAUCUUGCAGCACUAUGUGAUUUACCGCAAGAAGAGCGGGAAUGGGCGACAUGGGGACGAGACGGAACGCUUGCUGCCACCAGGCGAAGAGAGACGUCUGGACUAA